CCCUUUCAGGUACUGGUCACUUUUAAUUGAUGUGGGCCAUUGAAAUAAUCUGAUUUGUCUGGGCAUACAAAUUUUGAUUACAGAAAAGGUUGAGUGUUGACUCAUGGAGCUUAAAGUUUCAUCUUCAAAGCCAGCACUUUUACCUUCUGAUGGCAACAGUGAUCCUGAAGAGAAAGAAAUCAGUGAAGAGGAUGAUGAUGAUCGCAAUCAUAAGCAUCGUAGGAGAGAACUGCAUUCUCAAUCUGAGGAGACUGAUGCCAUUGAACCAGUUUUCAGUAGACCAUUCAGGAAACGAAAGCCUUUUGAGAAUGGACAUCCUUAUGGUGAAGGAGAUUCUCAGUUUAGUGAAAUCAGGUUCCCAAGAAGACGAGGAAUGGGUUCAUUUUCCAGGGCCCCUAUGGAAUCAUACCAAAGAAUGAGGCUGAACCAAUCACUGUCUGGUGAUGCUAGUAAUGGUAGGGGUCGAGGGAGAGAACAUAGUGCUUGGGCCCAACGUGAUUCAAGGUUUGGCUCGGCUGAUAUUGCAUCUCAACUGUUUCCACAGGGCCCUGUUACUCCUGGUCUCUUUACUGGAAGAGGGGUGCAAAACGUUUCUAAUGCACAGAGUUCAUCUUGGAGUGCAUUUGGAAUGGUUCCAGGAAUGUCUAAUGGCGGCCUUGAUACAAUUCAUUCCCUUGGUUUCCAGGGAACACUCAGGCCACCCUUGAAUCCUACUGUGGGUAUGGGUAUUCCAAGGCAGAGAUGUAGAGACUUUGAGGAGCGUGGAUUUUGCCUAAGAGGAGAUAUGUGCCCGAUGGAGCAUGGAGUAAAUCGUAUUGUUGUUGAAGAUGUUCAGAGCCUUUCUCAGUUUAAUCUUCCUGUGUCACUUCCUAAUGCACACAUGCUAGGACCAGCUACUGCACAAGGAUCUUUACCUGUGAUAGGCCCUUCUGGAUCAUUGGUUAGUGGCAAAGCUUUACAUAACAAAAUUACCAAACCUCCUGUGAUUGAUGAUGGAUUGGGUUUGACUGAUGCUUUUGUUGAUGGUUCUAUGGCUGGUGGAGCUGAUUUUUAUGAUCCUGAUCAGCCUUUAUGGUCAAAUGAUCGUUCUGAAACUUCAGCAGUACUCCAGGAUUUAAAUCCAUCUAAAAUUGAUGAUACUGGGCCUUUGUUAGAUGCAGAAUCCUCUGAUCAUGAUCAAGUUGGGCAGUGUGAUGCCUUUGAACUUGAGCAUCCACUUAGAGGUGCUAAGGCAGCUUCAGGAUCUCAGAGUGUGUGGGGAAGAAUCAGAAGGUCAAAAAAUAAGUCGAAUGGGAAAGAGAUCACUGAUUUUACAGGGGAUGCUUCAAGUUUUGAUGAAAUGGGAAAAGAUUUGGAAUCGUCCUGCAGCAAUCAAGGAAACUCCCGUCCAGGGAAGCAAAAAAAUGUAGAUACUAUUGACCCACAAAUGACAGAAUCAUCUUUCAAGCCCCAAAGUAGUUCUGGACAUAAUAUGAGAAAACCUUCUCAAAAGGCACUUCGAACGCUGUUUGUGAGAGGCAUUCCACAGAAAGACAACAAACCAGAUGCUCUUCUUUCACAUUUUCAAAAAUUUGGGGAGGUCAUUGACAUCCACAUCCCACAGAGUGGUGAACGAGCUUUUAUUCAAUUUUCUAAGAGAGAAGAAGCUGAGGCUGCUUUAAGGGCACCUGAUGCUGUGAUGGGCAACCGUUUUAUAAAGCUUUUCUGGGCAAACAGGGAUAGCAUUAUGGAUGAUGGUUUAAAUGGUGGCAUUAAUUUACCUUUGACUCCUCGUGGAGUAACAUCCAGUGUGGGUCAACCCCACCUAUCUGUUCCUUAUAAAGGAAAAGACAAUAUCCAGUCCUUAGCCUCAAAAGCUGCUGAACAUGGUCCUGUUGUUCUGUUACCUUCUUCUGGUCUACCUAAGCCUGUGGCUCAUAAUGUUCCCAAAGCUGCACCAGCUGUGCAAAAAAAGGUGGAGAGUUUAGAACUUUUGAAGGAAGAAUUGCGCAAGAAGCAGGAGCUGCUUGAUCAGAAGCGGAAUGAGUUCCGACGUCAGUUGGUUAAACUUGAGAAGCAGGCUGUAGGUGUGAAAGCUGAAGCAGUCUCAGACCAGGAUCUGAAGAAACAGAAGGAGGGAGAAACAGUAUCUUAUUCUGCAAAAAUGCAAAAUUCAAGCUCCGCGGAACUUAAUAAUGAUGUAUCUUCAACACAAGCUGACGCAAUCUCUGAUUGUAGCAGAUCAACAGAGAAUGCGGAGCGCUCUUGUUCUAUAUCAUCUUCUACUGUGGCCACACAGGAACCUUCCAGCUUGAAGCAGUCAAUUCGUCCACUGGCACCACAUGGUGCACCUUUUAUAUUCAAUAGAUACAAACUAGACAAUCGUCCCACUGCCUUCAAAGUUCUUCCACCUUUGCCAUGUGGUCUUGCAAAUAUUGCUGUCUUGAAGGAACAUUUCUCUGCUUUUGGUGACCUUACCUCUGUUGAGCUGGAAGAUUUGGAGCCUCAAGAUAGUAAUAAUGGCUCAGAGACGUUAAACAUAUCUGCUAGGAUAUGUUUUCCAACGCGCCGGUCUGCUGAGAGGGCAUUUUUGAAUGGCAAAAUCUGGCAAGGCCAAGCUUUGCAGUUUAUGUGGUUGCAGUCUAGUAAUUCUACCAAGGAUAUUGGUGUCAGAAAAGAUGCUGCUCCUGCUUUGAAGCAGCCUUCAGAUGCUAGUGUUCAACCCAUUGCAGAAGAUCUUUGA